GAGGCUCAUGACACAGAUUUGUAGGUAAGAACGCGACGCCCCUCCACCACCGCAGCUCCUCCGCCGGGAAAAUCUCGACUGCACAAGCAGAUUCAUGGCGGCCUCGGCAGCGGCGAGGGCUGUCCUAUUAUCACGCGCCUCCGAUUUAUCCCUUAAACCCACCCUCUCGGCUCAGCCGCCGCUCGCGCACCGCCACUUCAUCCGCCCCUUGCUCCGGCCGGCGCCGAGGAAGCGCGCCGCGAUCAGCUGCCUUAUUUCCGGCGUCGACGGCGGUGGAGUCUCCGACGAGUUCGUCUCCACCAGGAAAUCCGGCUUCGGGCACGAAUUCUCCGUCAUAGCGAAUAUGCUUAAUAAAAUCGAGCCGUUCGACAAUACGGUUAUCUCGAAGGGGGUUUCGGAUUCGGCUAAGGAUUCGAUGAAGCAGACGAUAUCCACGAUGCUCGGACUUCUGCCUUCGGAUCAGUUCUCCGUUACGGUUAGGGUUUCGAAGCACCCGCUCAAUCGUCUCCUAGUUUCAUCCAUCGUCACUGGGUAUACACUGUGGAAUGCAGAGUAUAGGAUAUUGUUGAUGAGGAAUUUUGAUAUGUCGCCGGAUAGUUCAAAGGGGUCUGAAUAUGCGGAGAGUGAUGGGGCCUCGGAGGUGAGGUGGGAUAGAAGCGAUGGUAGCGGUGUUGGUGCCGGAGUUGAAAGUUGUGCAGAAGAAUUGGAGAAUACGAAUCUUCAGAUUUUUGGGGAUUUGCCUCCAGAAGCAUUGAACUAUAUUCAGCAAUUGGAACUGGAGUUGUCCACAGCAAAGAAGGAGCUUCAAUCUCGGAAACAGGAAAACUUGGAGAUAGAGCAUAUAACAAAGAGCGAUAACAAUUUGUUGGAGUACUUGAGGUCCCUGGACUCAGAUAUGGUAACCGAGUUAUCUAGACCAUCAUCGCCAGAGGUGGAGGAAAUCAUCCAGCAACUUGCUCAAAAUGCUCUGCGGAAAUUUUUCAAAGACGAUGCCACCCCAGAUUAUGAGGGGGACAGCAUGCAGAACUACGAAGAUAGGGAUAAUGAACUUUGUGAUACCAUUGGCACAUCACGGGAUUAUUUGGCCAAGCUGCUUUUCUGGUGCAUGUUACUGGGCCACCAUCUAAGAGGGUUGGAGAACAGAUUGCAUCUAAAUUGUGUUGUUGGUUUGUUAUGAUGAAGUACAAAGAGGGAUGUAUAUUCUUCUUUCACCCUUUACAUAAUUUUGCCUUUAAACUUUUAUUUAUCCAGUUUUACAUUACUUUAUAUUCAAAUAAUUUAAAAAUAAUACAUCCUCUGUACA